AUGCGUCUCCUCAACACCGGCACGCUUCGGAUCAUGCACUUCCCCAACCCCGAUACCCACCCGCCAUACGCCAUCCUCUCCCACGUCUGGCAGGGCGACGAGGCGUCCUACCAGGACAUCCAUGCCCUUCGCGCCCAUCCCAACCCGCUAUCCGUCGCCCCAGAGAAGGUCCGCCGCUUCUGUGCGUUCGCGAGGGCGGAAGGGUAUGAAUGGGCCUGGCUUGAUGCCUGCUGCAUCGACAAGACCAGCAGCAGCGAGCUCUCGGAGGCGUUGAACUCUAUGUUCCGCUGGUACCAGGAUGCUGUCGUGUGCUACGCUUACCUCCACGACGUCCCCGUCCCCACAGACAAUACGCGCAUGGCGCUCGACGACCUGGAGGAGAACUUCGUCGGGAGCCUCUGGUUCACCCGCGGCUGGACCCUCCAAGAGCUUCUUGCGCCCCGCCUCCUCCUCUUCGUCUCAUCCGAGUGGACCGUCAUAGGAACAAAACACUCCUGGGCAUCCGCCAUCCACCGUGCUACUGGCAUCCACCUGGAAGUACUCACGCUCUUCCGGUCGCUGCACAAGAUCAGCCUCGCGUGCCGAAUGGCUUGGGCAGCGCGGAGGUGCACCACGCGCCCGGAAGACCGCGCAUACUCGCUCAUGGGGAUCUUUGGCGUCAAUAUGGUAGCCCUCUACGGCGAAGGCCUGGAGAAGGCGUUUAACAGGCUGCAAGAGGAGAUUUUGAAG